CCCUCCAUGGUCACCUUAUGGUUGGGGCCCCAGACCCCUGGCAGGGGGUCCUGAGGGCCCUGGGAGCUGGAACCAGCAGGUGGCUCCCACCUCCCACCUCCAGUGUGCCUCCUCUCCUGUGGCCUCCUGGACAGUUAGGAACCUGGGUCUCCCAGAGAGGUCCCUCCCUCCCCGCUGCCCAGCCCCUGGGGACCACCCUCGGAAUCUCCAGUCUCCUCCGCCAGGAGCCCUCAGGCCGCUGGGCGGGUUGAGGCUGGUGGGCCCGGAGGGGAGAGGUGGGAGAGGAGGUGAAGCCCAGUGGGGCAGGGGGGUGCCCCCGGGCGGGGAGGGCGCCCGGGGCAGCACUGACACGGCUGCCCGCUGCACUAUCCACAGGGCCUCACUGUGGAGCUCCUGCGUCGUGCUGCCGCUGCUGGCGCUGACCUGGAUGUCGGCCGUGCUCGCCGUCACCGACCGCCGCUCCGCCCUCUUCCAGAUCCUGUUCGCUGUCUUUGACUCGCUGGAGGGCUUCGUCAUAGUGAUGGUGCACUGCAUCCUACGCAGAGAGGUCCAGGACGCCGUGAAGUGUCGCGUGGUGGACCGCCAGGAGGAGGGCAACGGGGACUCGGGGGGCUCCUUCCAGAACGGCCAUGCCCAGCUCAUGACUGACUUCGAGAAGGACGUGGAUCUGGCCUGUAGAUCAGGUGAGCGCCUGCCAGGUGAGAGCGACAGGUGGUCCUCGCCUGGGUCCACUUGCUUCUUUUUCUUUUCUCUGUGUGUCUGUCUGUUCAUUCGUCUGUCCUCAUCCCACCUCUGCCUGCCACAGCCCACACGGUGAGGUUGGAUCAGAUCCUCCCAGAUGGUGGGGAUGCUGCCCUGAAGGCCUGGUCUGCACCGGGCCUGCGCCCGCGCCCCCCAGCCUGGGCCCGCACCAGCCACUUCCUGCCUCCCCGCCUGCCGCCCUGAGGCUGCGGCCAGGGUCUGGGGAAAACUGUGCUGGAGCUCAGGCUCAGCAGGGGUGAGGCCCGUGCUGCGCGGGCAGAGCUCUCAGCCCUGGGGCAGACCCUGGGCCCCGUACGCUAGGCCUGGCCCUGUCCUCUCCCUGCCAUACCCCCUGCCUCAGCAGCCACACCCACACUUCUGUUCUU